GCGCGGCGCGGCCAUGGCAGCGGCGGGGCGAGCGCAGCCGAGCCCGGCACCCCCCGGGGGGUCUCCGGGGCCCGAGGAUCCCGCAGUGCCGGAGGAGCCGGAGUUGGUGCCGGUGCCGGGGUCCCCUGCGGCAGCAGCCGGCGGUGUCGGCGAGGAGGCGGCGGCGGCGAGGGGCAGGGACGUAGCCGCGGGCGAGGCGCCUCCCGCUGCGCCGGCUGAGGAGGAGAGCGAGGAGGAGCGGCGGGAGCGGGCGGCGCUGCUGGAGCAGCUGGGUGGGCUGGCGGACGAGCGGGAGCGGCUGCGGCAGGCCAGCACCCGCCUGCAGAUGCAGCUGGGCCGGCUCCUGCGGCGGCGGCGGGCGGAGACGGAGACGGCGGCGGACGGGCCCAUGGCCUACGGCCAGCGCCUCCUGCGGCUGCGGGAGCUGCGGGAGCUGCGGGAGCGGGAGGCCGCGGCCGGGCGGGAGCGGGUGGCGGCCCAGCGGCGCAGCGGCGAGGAGCGGCAGGCCCGGGCCCAAGCCGAGUGGGCCGCCUUCCAGGCCCGCAAGAAGGCGGUGGCCGUCUCCAGCCUGGGCCGGCGGCCGGGCGGCGGCGGGGAGGCGGCGGCGGCGGCGGUGGUGGACCGCAUCCAGGCCAGAGAAAGGGAAAAGGAGCAGCGAGUGCGUGAGGCUCGUGUGGAAAACAUCAAGCUGAAGCAUGAAAUCCAAAACCUUGAAACCAGCUUGAAAGCUCAGGGAGAGCGGGUCGAGGGCCAACAUCUUAUGGACUUGGAGCAUAUGAAGAAAGAGAAUCAGAAACACAGCGAAAAGAUUGACAUUCUCAGCAAUGAAGUUUUGAAGCUCAAAAAGAAGGUAUCGAAUGCGGUGCAUAUUCUCAGCCAGUUCAGGGAAAAACUACAGUUUGUGGAAGCUGAGAACCAAGGCAGAAAAGCUGAACUGAUGGACAUUGAGACCACCUUGGCACAGAAGAGAGACAUCCUGACCAGAACCAAACAGGCUAGAGACAGACUGCGGAGAAACAAUUUGAAGUUGCAGCAGAAUCAGGGGUUGCUUGGAAAUGAGAUAUUGCUUCGGGACUUUGAGGAAAAGGUGGAUACCAUAGAGCUGCUGAGUCAGCGGUUGGAAACACUGAAGUGUCACCAUGCUGGUCUGAUCCUCACUUGUAGGGGAAUUCAGGAAAAAAUCAAGGAAGCCAACUCCCCUUUCCUUCCUGAGGAUGACUGGAGAAAAGAAGGCAUGAGAAAGAAAUAAACAAAGGAGUUUUCCAUAAUUCUAACUUUUAACAUGCAGGGUUUUUUUUUCUUUUUGCCAAGUCCUGGGGAAUACGUGACACACAUGCUCCUGAAAAAACCUUUUCUAAGUGAUGUGUCAGUAUUAUGCAUUCAACAAAGAGAUUACAGCAGUUACUCAUUUUGAAUGAGACCAGAUGCAUUUGCCUAUCUUCAACAAACAAAAAAAGCCACAGACAGAAGCCUGUGCUUCUAGAAAACCAUGCUGGCAUUCAGUCCUUCAAGGCCUUGGCAAUGUUGAAGCAGAGCACUCACCCCAUACCCUAACUCAAAUCCUCAUCCUGCCACCCUCUGUAUGGAUUUUUUAAUUCCAUAUCAGCCUCAUCUGUACAAUAAAUGCGCGUGCUGUCUGGGUACGUGGUGAGGGGUUAUUUUCAUAGACGUGGCUGAGACAUGGAGAGAAGCUCAUUGUCAAUACUGGGCACAAGCUGCCUUCAGCCAAUGCACUACUGGAGCGCUAUCUUGCUUGCCCAUUCCAUGAACAUAAUUGGCUGCCAAGCUUGCCUUGGUGGUGCACAGGAAGAAAGAUAUAUUAACUAUUUUUAUAGUAUAAAUAUAAACUAGUUUUCAGUUAUAAGAUGCCUGUAUUUAAUUCCUUUGGCCUUUCAGAUAUUACAGUUUUAGGGGGUCCUCAGCCUCGUCCUCCUUAUUCACAGUGUGUGAAGAGGUCAGAGUAGUGUUAAUCCAUCACCGUUUCAGUCCCCUCUGCACUGCUCAACUACAGCAUAUCAGAAUUCCAGAAAAAAAGACUGAAAGGGAGGGAGCAACAAACAGUUACGCAUUUAUGACAGUACAGCUGACAGAGCUUUAGCUACUGGCAGCAGCUUCCCCUUUCAAAGCAAUGUGUUCUUUAAACUCCAACUCCCCCCUAGCAAACAGUGACUAUGAAGCUGAUCUGCAUCUUGCAGCUCUUGCUGCUGCUACUGUAGCAAUAUUUUUGAUUUAAGGCAUGAGAUGGAUGUCAAGAACAUAGAAACAUCAUCAUAGACCAGUAAAACACUGUAGCUCCGAUAUCCUGUGUUCUCAUUACUGAAGGAAUUGCAACCUUCAUGGCUCCUUACAGGCCAUCACUAGCUGCUGUGCCCCAUUACUGAGUCAGUUCUACCUAGCUGAUUGUUAGUUUCUACAUGUGAUGCCACUACUUUUCUUCUAUAGACCCAUUUCUCGUAGUUGGAGUUGGGUAUUAAAGGCCCAGAUUUAAGCUUUCAAUGGCUGUGAAUUUGGCAGAAAGGAAGGCACAUCCCAGUGAUAAAGAGUAGGAACAAAGUCUUUUAGGUUUCCACCCCAGGUGGGACUCAGAGCCUGUGGGACCUGUGUUGCUGAGACGCGUUUGAACUGCUGGUUCUAGUUCCAAAAUAAGGUGCGUGUGCAUUUAAACAAAGUCCGCAAGUCACUGAAUGUCAUCAUGUGGAGAGAAAAAGUAGAUAAACUACCAUAAUGACAUUUCUAGAAUGGCUCUACACCUUCUCCUUUUAAAUAAUCUCUGAACUAGGUUAUCUGAGUUGCCUGGAUAUUUAAAAGACAAAACAUAAUUAAAGUGGUUAUUACACUAUUGAAGACUUCAAUCUUGUUCUUUUGUCAUAGUGAAAUGAGAGAUUGAUAAUUUCUUAUUCUUACUGCAACCCUGCUGUAGCAAUUUGGUCAUAUUCUCCUGAGGUCCUUACAGUUCUGCAGAACUAUUGCAUAAACACAGUGGAGCAGUGCAGGCUCUUGUUCUGCAAACAACUGAAGUACUCUGUAUCAUCAGUAGCUCACACACUCUAUUCAUGAGGAGACAUUACACAGCUAAUAUUCAAAAGCUUUCCACAACAUACCAGUAGAUCUACCUCUGUCUGUUGUUGCUGGACACUAAAAGGAGACAAGUGUAACUGCCAACCCCUCAGAAUGAGAGAGACAAAAAUCAGUACCUUUCAUCUUAACCCUCCCUACCAAAUGUGAGCUCUGCUCUUGCUGACAGAGUAGUGAUCGGGCAAGGCAAGCAGCCUCUGGUGUUCCACAAAACCAUUUUCAUAAAUAAUUAAGGAUGAUCAGCAGUCAUGUCCCCAAGACAGGUUACUCUUUCCUGUUUUGACUUCUUACAAAUUCCUUCCAGGAAAAUUUUUACAAUUUUUGCUGCUUUUGGCUUAAGGCAUAUAAGCCUUCCUUUAAUUCCUUAAAACACUGUCAAGCAACUACCUGUAGACAGAUAAAGGAAGAGCAGCAGGGAAAAUACAUGCUUUUUGUUGCUGCAUGUUUGACGUCUGGAGGAGGCAAGAAAUGAGGGUGCAAAUGAGGUUGAUAUUACUUUCCCUGUACUGAAGCAAAUACUACAAGACACUGGCUUAAGCUUUGCACACUGUCUCCAGGACUUUUCGUAGCACUGACUUGUUGAGACAACCCACUGCUACCUCAGCCUUCCGAUGACAAAGAUUACAGACUUCUGUUCUCCUAUAAAUGUAGGAAGACAUUCCAUCAUGAAGCAGUAUCUAUCUUUCCUCAUCUCGUGCUGGCAUGCAGGCAAGCAUUUAACUUCUCUUCAAACCGACUGGAAUUCAUACUGGGAAAACAAGUAAGGAAAAGUAGCUCUAGUUUUGAACAGUUUUGGGCAACUCCUGCAGUACAUACAAUAUACAGCCCUGUUGGUAUCAAAUUGGUAUAGGCUUACAUAAAGCAGCUCUGAUUUUACAUUCUAAUCCAGCACAUGAAGCAGUGAGGUGCUUCAGUACAAGGAACUGAGAGACGUGUUUACUGGAGAAACUAGAACCAUGGCAGCCGUCUUUGAUGGCGUUCCCCACAGAGUCUCAUUGCACAGGUACUAUCUUCUCUCCCCUGCUUUUAUCUAUCUUUUAUUUGGUGCUUUAACUUCGUUUCAGUUAAGUAAGCAACGGGAAGCUUCUUCACUUUGAUCUCUCAAGUUAUGCCUAUGUAAGAAUUGAAAGAAUACUGCCUUAAGCACAAAAAUGCCCCAUGAUUAUGAUACCUGCAAUAAACCCAGAUUUCUUCUUUUAAAACAAAGAAAGGAUAAGGUAUUCAAGCAUUUCCGAGUUCUGCGCAUCUCGCAAAGAUGUAUUUACAUCUAUUUUUCAUAAUAAAUUUAUCAGAUCUCAGACCUAGUCCAGAGAAAGGCCUACAAAAUGGAUUAAACCAUGGGCACCGUAAGUAUCAAAUCUUAUAAAUGUUCCAUGUAAUGUAACAGGUACUUUAACAUGAGACCUCGGAAAGCAUCACCAAAAAUCCUCCACCUGCAAUGCUUAAAUAUCCUGAACUCCUGAUUCUGGACAGACAAAAACCGCUAAAGCAGCCUGUGGAAAAAAACAGACAGGUACUUGAAUUUUUCAUUUCUGAAUUACACUGACAAUAGGUGAUUAAGAU